GUAAACAGGAAGUCGAGGUCCACGUUUUCUGUCUGCUGUGGUGAUUGCACAUUCGUGACACAAUACACCACAAAUUCGGCACACUGACUAGAAGUAAUUUUUUCCACAAACUGUACAGCGUGUCAAGAAUAACUAUGGCAGGAUGUCAAGAUGUCAUUGUUAUAGAUGGGGGCAUGUUGGAAGGGGGCGGUCAGAUCCUGCGUAACUCUGCUGCACUGAGUUGUUUGCUCGGUCAGCCCGUGACUAUCAACAACAUCCGAGCUGGGAGGAGCACUCCGGGGCUUCGACCCCAACACUUGAUGGGUCUGCAGCUGAUCAGGGACAUUUGUGGAGGGAAGCUGACCGGAGACCGAGUGGGGUCGACCGAGAUCACAUUCCAUCCAGGACCAAUCAAGGGAGGGGCCUACCAAGCAGACACGAAAACAGCAGGGAGUAUCUGCCUGUUGAUGCAGGCCGCCAUGCCGUGUUUGUUGUUUGGAGAUGGGGAGAGCACCCUGAGUCUGCGAGGGGGGACCAAUGCCGAGAUGGCACCGCAGGUCGACUACACCACAAUGGUGUUUAACCCAAUGGCUGAAGAAUUUGGAAUGACAUCUGAGUGUGAUAUACAUCGAAGGGGCUAUUAUCCAAAGGGCGGUGGUGAAGUCAAGAUUACAUCAUAUCCAACCAAGAAACUCAAAGCAGUCUCCAUGACAACCAGAGGAGAAGUAACCAAAGUGAACAUCAGGUCAUUUGUGGCAGGAGUACUGCCAAUUAAGGUCGCUGACAUAAUGGCCCGCUGUGCUAUGGACACGAUCCGACAGCAGUACAAGGAUGUGGCCAUCAGCAAGGAUGUUGUCAAGGAACCAGACUACGCUGCUGUGGGGACAGGCACAGGUAUCAUAAUAGUGGCAGAAACUAGCACAGGAUGUCUACUGGCAGGAUCAGGGCUGGGAAAGAAAGGUGUUCCUGCGGAGAAGGUGGGGACGGAUGCUGCUCAGAUGCUGCUUGAUAGCCUGGCCCACGGGGGAUGUGUUGAUGACCAUCUACAAGAUCAGUUGAUCCUGCUGAUGGCGCUGGCAGAGGGAAAGUCAGAGGUUCUGUGUGGCCCGAUCACUCUCCACACAAACACUGCCAUACACGUGGCUCAGCUUCUCACUAAGGCCAAGUUCGAGAUCAAGAAGCUAUCAGACAACUCCAAUGUCAUAGAAUGUGAAGGGAUUGGACUUGUGAACAGCAGGUUACGAUGAAGCGUGUGUGAUAGUUCAACAUCUGUGUGACAAGCUUCAGCCGUCCACUGAUCUCCCAGCAUAAUAAUAAAAACCAGUCACUGUAAACUCUCUACUUCUACACUAAUUAAGGGAGGACUUAACUGGCUAGUGCACAACCUAAAGGAGGACUCACCUGGCUAGUGCACAAACUGAAGGAGGACUCACCUGGCUAGUGCACUAUGUAAGGGAGGACUCACCUGGAUAGUGCACAACCUGAAGGAGGACUCACCUGGCUAGUGCACUAUGUAAGGAGGGACUCACCUGGCUAGUGCACUAUGUAAGGGAAGACUCACCUGGCUAGUACACAACCUAAGGGAGGACUCACCUGGCUAGUGCACUAUGUAAGGGAGGACUCGCCUGGCUAGUGCAC